ACCGGGGCGCCAAAACCCUUGGAGUCAAAAAAAAAAUUAUAUAGAAAAAUCAAAAAGCAAAUGAAAACAAAGAUAUACCAAUCACAGGCCAAGAACUACUGCUACUAGUCUCUACUGCUAUUGUUUACAUCACACACAUAUAUAUUCAUAUACACACACAAACACACAGACAUAUCUAUAUAUAUAUAUAUUUAUCUAUAUCAUCGAUUUCCGAUUUGGCGAUUUGGCCAGCAUGGAGCUCCAGAACACAGUGAAAGAAGCCCUAAACGCACUGUACCAUCACCCAGACGACGCCGUUCGCUUGCAAGCCGAUCGAUGGCUUCAAGACUUCCAACGAACUCUCGAUGCUUGGCAGGUCUCUGAUAAUUUGCUUCAUGAUGCAACUAGCAAUCAAGAAACGUUAAUAUUUUGUUCUCAAACCCUGAGAAGCAAGGUACAGAAAGAUUUUGAAGAGCUACCCUUAGAAGCUUUUCGCCCAUUGCGUGAUUCUUUAAAUAGCCUAUUAAAAACAUUUCAUAAGGGCCCUCCUAAAGUUAGAACCCAGAUUAGUCUUGCGGUGGCUGCAUUGGCUGUACAUGUAUCUGCAGAAGACUGGGGGGAAGGUGGUAUUGUGAAUUGGCUUAGAGAUGAGAUGAAUUCUCAUCCUGAAUGCAUUCAAAGUUUUCUGGAGCUACUCAGAGUUUUGCCUGAGGAAGUAUUCAACUACAAGAUUGCAGCUCGUCCUGAUAGACGCCGCCAAUUUGAAAAAGAAUUGGCUUCUGCAAUGGAGGUUGCUCUUAACAUCUUGACUGCUUGUUUGAAUAUUAAUGAACUUAAGGAGCAGGUUCUUGAGGCAUUUGCUUCUUGGCUUCGGCUAAGGCAUAGGAUCCCUGCGUCUACACUUGCUUCUCACCCAUUAGUCCUUGCAGCUCUCUCUAGCUUGAAUUCUGAUUUGCUUUUAGAGGCGUCAGUAAAUGUCGUUUCUGAAUUGAUACACUACUCAACAGCACGAAACUCAGGUGGCGUUUCUGCCCAGAUGCCUUUAAUUCAAGUUAUUGUGCCUCAAGUUAUGAGUCUUAAAGCACAGCUUAGAGAUUCUUCGAAGGAUGAGGAAGAUGUAAAGGCCAUUGCUCGUUUAUUUGCUGACAUGGGCGAUUCGUAUGUUGAACUGAUUGCAAAUGGUUCUGAUGAAUCGAUGUUAAUUGUGCAUGCAUUAUUGGAAGUUGCUUCACACCCUGAAUAUGAUAUUGCUUCCAUGACCUUUAACUUCUGGCACAAUCUUCAAAUCAACUUGGUUGAAAGGGAUUCUUAUGUAUCAUUUGAUAAUGAAGCAACAAUUGAAGCAGAGAGACACCGGAGGCUUCUGGUUUUUCGUUCAUCAUACGAAUCACUCGUUUCCUUGGUUAGCUUUAGAGUGCAAUAUCCCCAGGAUUAUGCCGACCUUUCCAAGGAGGACAUAAAGGAUUUCAAGCAGUCUAGAUACGCUGUCGCGGAUGUAUUGAUUGAUGCAGCAUUAGUUUUAGGAGGUGAAGCAACACUGAAGAUUCUCUUCAUGAAACUUGUUGAGGCUGUAGCUAGCUGUGGAAAUGAUGAGCGUAACGAAUGGCGUCCGGCAGAGGCUGCUUUAUAUUGCAUCCGGGCUAUAUCAGAUUAUGUUUCAGUUACUGAAGCUGAAGUUAUGCCACAGCUUAUGUCUAUGCUUCCAAAACUUCCUCGUCAACACCAACUACUUCUGACUGUGUGCUUAACAAUUGGUGCAUAUUCAAGAUGGCUUGAUGCUGGACCAAGUGGAAUCUCAUUCUUGGCUUCAGUCAUAGAUAUUCUUGUGAGUGGAAUGAGUAUGUCUGAAGAUACUGCAGCAGCUGCGGCUCUGGCACUUAGACACAUUUGUGAUGACUGCGGGAAAAAACUUUGUGGAUCCUUAGAUGGUCUCUUCCAUAUAUACCAAAUGGCAGUGAUUGGAGAAGGUAGCUUUAAGGUCUCUGCUGAAGAUUCAUUGCAUCUCGUUGAGGCUUUAAGUAUAAUUAUAACAGAACUUCCUUCAGACCACGCUAAAAAAGCCCUCGAGGCAUUAUGUAUGCCAGCUGUUACUCCUUUACAGGAAAUUAUUAAUCAAGGUCCUGUAAUAUUGGGGCAAGCAACUGCUCGUGACCUAACAGUUCAUAUAGAUCGACUGGCAAAUAUCUUUAGAUAUGUAAAUCACCCAGAAGCUGUCGCAGAUGCUAUUCAAAGGCUUUGGCCAAUUUUCAAAGCCAUUUUUGACCUUCGUGCUUGGGAUAUGAGGACAAUGGAGUCUCUUUGCAGGGCUUGCAAAAAUGCUGUGAGAACUUCCAAAAGGUUCAUGGGAUUUACAAUUGGAGCCAUGCUAGAGGAGAUACAAGGCCUAUACAAACACCACCACCAACCAUGUUUCCUCUAUCUUUCUAGUGAAGUUAUAAAGAUAUUCGGGUCCGAUCCGUCUUGUGCAAACUACUUAAAAAUCUUGAUUGAAUCACUCUUUAGCCAGACAACAUGUCUGCUUACUAAAAUUCAGGACUUCACUUCCAGACCGGACAUAGCGGAUGAUUGUUUUUUGUUGGCAUCGAGGUGCAUUCGCUAUUGUCCUCAAUUGUUCUUUCCUUCCAUGGUAUUCCCUUCGUUAGUUGAUUGUUCUAUGGCUGGCAUCACAGUACAACACAGGGAAGCAUCCAACUCUAUGUUGACAUUCUUAACCGAUAUAUUUGAUCUUGCAAAAUCUAGUCAUGGCGAACAAUUCCAAUCUAUCAGGGAUAGUGUAAUGAUGCCCCGAGGUGCCACCAUCACUAGAAUUUUGGUUGCCUCGCUAACCGGUGCACUUCCAAGUUCUCGAUUAGAAAAGGUAGCCUAUGCAUUACUAGCACUAAAUCGAGCAUAUGGCAUAAAAUCUCUCGAGUGGGCCAAGGAGAGUGUUUCACUGAUCCCAUCGACUGCUGUGACAGAGGUAGAGCAAUCAAGAUUUUUACAAGCAUUGUCAGCUGCAGCAUCUGGUGGUGACAUCAAUGCCCUUAUGGUACCAAUUGAAGAGCUUUCAGAGGUUUGUCGCCGCAACAGAACAGUUCAAGAUAUCGUGCAAGGAGCUUUGAGGCCACUUGAGUUUAAUACAGUCACUGUAUCAUAGUUGGAGAGAAAUAUAUAGAGGCCAUUUUUUGCAUAGGCCUUGUCAUUCAGUCAAAUUUGUUUCCUUGGCUGUGCAUUAGUUGUUAGUUUCAUUAAUUGUGUAUUAAUCAUUGUUCAUCAUUGUUUUUCUUUUGCGGGGUCAUAUGGAUGGUGGGGAUUGAGGGUUGAGGUAUUGUUUGUAUCUUGUGAAAAGAGGUGGGAUGUUUGAGCGAUUUGUCAAUUUUUGGGGGUGAGAAUUGUUUGGUAUUUGACUAUUGAGUUGUAAAUUUGGGAUUUGAAGUAUUAAUUUGAGAAUUCAGAGUUUAGAGUGUUGGGGGUA